UAAACUGAUACCAGGUUUUGGUGGUUUCUUCAAUCCCGUGUCUCCUACAUGUAAUUGGGGAGCCAAAAAUGAACUACCCUGGAUACCUGGAGUACCAUUAGGCCAAGGAUACCACUGGCACCUAACUGACCUAGUGAUUCCCACCAUGAUCAUUUUAGCCUAUUUAUUUAUUUACUCACUGCAUUACAGAGACUCAUCAGUUGCCAGAUCAAUCAUCAACCAACCCAAAAUGUCUACAUGUCUAACCAUUCUAUUCUAUAUGUGUCAUGAGAUCUCAUUGGCUGUAGGAUUUCCAGGUAUCUUUGGUGGUAAUGGAGGUGGUAGCAUCCUAGCCCUAACGGCACAGUUGAUGGGUGCAUUUCUGAUGUGUCUGUUAGCUCCAUAUUCUGAAGGUUACAUUAUUGAGUAUAAGAGACAUGAUCCUAGCAAUUGGCCUACAGCAGGAAUGACUAGGUGGAAUGCCCUUAGGUACUGGACCAAAAUGGCCUCAAAGAACUGCAAUAAGAACCUAGCAGCAUUGUUCACCAAGGACCUGAGAAGAGACCUGCUACUAUGCAUAGAAAGAAAUGAGCUAAUCUAA